AUGGCGCAUUCUCCUCAAACAAAGGGCAUCAUACAGCACUUUGAGCGGCAAAUGAGGCUGCAGGUAGAAGGACUUGACGAGGAUAUCCGAACAACAAAUGAGCGCCUGGGCCAGCUUGAGAGCUCCCAGCUUGCAACAGGUGCAACGCUCAAUGAGAUGAAGAUCGCCCAGGCCACCACCAACACUAAUCUGGCCAACAUCAUGACACGCCUUCAGGACCUGUCACAACAGCUUGCUAAUGUUGUACAGGGCCAAGCUGCCCAUAGUGAGAUUGAUGAACAGGGCGAUGCUGAUUACGCUGGUGACACCGAGCAUGAAGAGCUUCCCAAUAACCACAAUGCUCGGGAUCAUCGUCGGCGGUGUGCAAAUCAGCAAGGUAUGCGUCAAAACCAGCACCGAAGUGAGGUGCGUAAUCAGGAUGAUUCUUUUGCUAAAGUUAAAUUCACUAUACCUGCGUUCAAUGGCAAAUAUGAUCCUGAUGCUUAUGUUAACUGGGAGCUCGCUGUUGAUCAAAAGUUUGCAUGCCAUGCUUUUCCUGCAAAUAACCAAGUUAGGGCUGCUACUAGUGAGUUUACAGAUUUUGCAUCUAUUUGGUGGAGAGAACAUUGUGGUAAGCAUUUCAAUAACAUCCCCACAACUUGGGAAGCUUUAAAAUUACUUAUGCGACAUAGAUUUGUUCCCUCAUACUAUGCUCGUGACAUGCUUAAUAAACUACAACGCUUACGUCAAGGUACCAAUUCUGUUGAAGAGUACUAUCAGGAGCUACAAAUUGGUAUGUUGCGUUGUGGCUUAGUUGAGAAUGACGAUGCAGCUAUGGCGUGGUUUUUGGGGGGGCUGAAUCGUGAAAUUCAGGAUGUUCUUGAUUACAAGGAGUACAAUAAUAUUACUCGUUUGUUCCAUCUUGCUUGCAAAGCUGAACGUGAAGUGCAGGGACGUCAAACGAGAACACGAGCUAACUAUUCUGCAGGUCGCACCAACUCUUGGAAACCAGCCACUACGGCUGCGUCGUCCUCCCCUUCGGCUGCACCAUCUCCAUCCAGCAGCAAACAGCAAACCGUGGCUUUAGCACCUCAUGUACAAACCAAAGCUGCACACAACAGUUCAACACCAAGUGUUUCGGUUGCUUCUACCGGACGCACUAAGGAGAUACAAUGCCACCGCUGCAAGGGCUAUGGACACGUCAUUCGUGAGUGUCCAAACAAGCGGGUGCUGGUCAUACGUGAGGAUGGUGAGUAUUCUUCAGCUAGUGAUUUGGAUGAUGCCACAUAUGCCAUGCUUGCCACUGACGUUGCAGGACACGAAGAUACAUUUGCUCAUGAAGAACAUGUUGCUGCUGAUGAUGCCGACAAGUAUUUGAGCCUGGAAUACUCCGACGUUUUUCCAAAGGAUUUACCUGCAGGUCUCCCACCUCUCCGUGGCAUUGAACAUCAGAUUGACCUUAUUCCGGGAGCUUCAUUACCCAACCGUGCACCAUAUCGCACCAAUCCCGACGAGACGAAAGAAAUUCAGCGCCAAGUACAAGCAUUACUUGAUAAGGGGUACAUCCGUGAAUCUCUUAGCCCAUGUGCUGUUCCUGUCCUUUUAGUGCCUAAGAAAGAUGGCUCCUGGCGCAAAUUUGUGGUUGUCUAUUUUGAUGAUAUACUGAUUUACAGCAACUCUUUGGAGGAACAUAUUGAUCAUUUACGUGCUGUUUUCGAUGCUUUGCGAAGUGCAUGUCUUUUUGGGAACUUGGAUAAGUGCAGCUUUUGCACAGCCCGUGUAUCUUUUCUUGGCUAUGUUGUUACAGCACAGGGUAUCGAAGUGGACAGCGCCAAGAUCGAAGCAAUCCAGAGCUGGCCAACUCCUUCCACGGUGACGCAGAUUCGGAGUUUCCUCGGGCUUGCUGGAUUCUAUCGCAGAUUCGUUCAUGAUUUCAGCACCAUCGCCGCCCCGCUGAACGAACUCACGAAGAAAGGUGUUCCAUUCUCUUGGGGUCCAGCACAAGACGAGGCCUUCCUGACUUUGAAAGAUAAGUUAACCCAUGCACCUUUGCUUCAGCUUCCUGAUUUUACUAAGAUGUUUGAGCUAGAAUGUGAUGCUAGUGGAAUUGGGCUAGGAGGUGUGUUGCUGCAAGAGGGCAAACCAGAAGCGCAUGGAGGUGGACUCAUGGGACAUUUCGGCGUCAAGAAGACCGAGGACAUUCUUGCUGAUCAUUUCUUUUGGCCAAAGAUGCGACGUGAUGUGGAGAGAUUUGAAGCCAUAUGA